AUGCCCUCCUCCAACCCCAAUCCCAAUUCAAAUCCUAGUACCCUCCUCACCUCCCUCCGCACAGCCCUCCAACACCGCAAAUCCAAGAACUCCCUCCGCCGUCUAACCCUCGUCCCCCCCACCUCCACGGACUUCUCCUCGAACGACUUCCUCUCCCUCAGCACCUCCCCCCUCUUCCGCGCGCGCUACACCACCCACCUCUCCAGCGCACCCCCCUUCUACCCCUUCGCCUCGGGCGGCUCCCGCCUCCUAACCGGCAACUCGCCCUACGCCGAAGCCCUAGAGACCUUCAUCGCGAGCUUCCACAACGCGCCGAGCGGGCUGCUCUUCAACUCAGGCUUCGACGCAAACGUAGGCGUGCUCUCCUGCAUCCCGCAACCAGGCGAUGUCAUCAUCCACGAUGAGUACAUCCAUGCGAGUGCGCACGAGGGGAUGCGGUUAUCCCGCGCAGGCAGAAAAGUCCCCUUUGCGCACAGCUGUCCCCAGUCCCUAGAAGAUGUGUUAAGAAGGGAAGUUGAAAACGACGAGAAAUUGCAGAGUGGGGAACGGAACGUCUUCAUCGUCAUUGAGAGUAUAUAUAGUAUGGAUGGGGAUAUCGCGCCGAUAAGGGAGUUCGUGGAGGUGGUGGAGAGGGUGGUGAACAAGGGUAAGGGAAAUGCGUAUUUUAUCGUGGAUGAGGCGCAUGCUACCGGGGCUUUUGGACCGAGGGGUGCGGGCGUGGUGCAGGAGUUGGGGGUUGAGGAGAAGAUGUUUAUUCGUGUGCAUACGUUUGGGAAGGCGUUGGGGAGUCAUGGUGCGAUUGUGCUCUGCUGCCCCGAAACACGCGAAUACCUCAUCAACUACGCCCGCAGUCUCAUCUACACUACCGCAUUGGGGUUCCCGUUCCUGGCGUCGAUUCGGACGGCGUAUGAGAUGUUGGCGGAGGGGGAGACCGAAGAGUUGCAACGCAAUCUUCAACACCUCAUUGAAUACCUAGGCAAUCGUCUAGAUGCCCUCGGGUCCUGGGACCCUGCUAUCUUCGAAGUGGACCAUUUCCCGCGCUCGCCUAUCUUCUCGUUGCGCAGUCCGGUCCCGCGCCAGUUGGCGGCUGCGUGUCAGCGGAAGGGCUUCAUGGUGCAUCCGAUUAUGUCGCCGACGGUGCCCAAGGGGAAGGAGAGGGUGAGGGUGUGUUUGCAUGCGGGGAAUACGGUCGAGGAGAUUGAUGGGUUGGUGGAGACGAUUUUGGCAUGGUUGAACGGAAGGGAGAGUGAGAAGAGGGUGGCGAGGCUUUAG